AUGACAAAGCCCUGCGAGCAAUGCUUUGUCUGCAAGCGCUGCAAGCAGCUCAAGGCGCCGAAGCCUGGCUGCACCACCUGCCGCAAGUGCCCGGACUGCUGGGACACCAGGGUGAGGUGCUGGAGGGCGGUGAGCGACCCUUUCGUGGUUCCGAAGGGGUUGGCGGGCCACAAAUGCCGCUGGCAGUGCAUCGACUUCGACCUGGCGGGCUGCACCGAGUGCGGGGCGAUCCACCGCUGCGACGCGGCGACCUGCCCGGUGUUCGAGGAGGAGGACAGCCACGUCUGCACCAUCACGGGGAACUGCGUGCGGCUGAAGCGCUUCACCCACGACGAGUUUAUGGACAACGUGGUCAUCUCCGACCUCCCAGGGCCAGUGGAGCGGGAGAUGCGGCUGCUGACGGAUGAGCGGGAGGUCAGGGAGAACGUGGAGUGGCUCCUUUCCUCCCGCACGGCGCGGCAGAGCUUCGAGCAGGAGCGCGGCCGCAUGGAGCAGAAGCACCGGCACCUCCUUUGGAAGCUGCUGCGGGAGAUCAAGCUCCGGGGCGGCAUACCGAACCUCUGCCAGGUCAUGACGCAGAUCCUGCACGCCACCAACAAGAUCCGGGUGUGCAACACCAGCUUCCAGCCCGAGCUGAGGCAGGAGGUCGUCGGGCGCUGCGUGUACAGCAUCGUGCGCUUCCUGAACCUCAUGGGCCAGCGCUUCCGCUCCGCGCUCGGCGCGCUCAAGACCUCCACCCUCGUGGUCGGCACGCUGUACCUGAUGCGGAUGGGUAUCUCCAUGCACAACAUCACCCUGCUGCCCCGCAUGCCGCAGCUCCAGCUCAUCCUCCCGAUGGAGACCCACCUCAAGACCUUCUUCCAGAUCAAGUGCAAGAGCAUCACCGAGGUCGAGAACCUCAUCAAGAUGUGCCUGCGCGGCCUGAGCCCCGCCGAGCUGGAGAGGAUGGGCUUUACCAUGGCAGAGGAGGUCACGAUGUGA